CAACUCUUAAAUUCCGGUUGUUUUGCUAUGCUGUGAUCAGCGGGAUCACGCGGAACCGGCGAAGCAGGAAACGUGUGAGCUGUCGGUAAUGUAACGUCUUAAUGAUGUCUGCGGAGUUACCUGGGGAGAUGGAACUAAUCGAGAAACACGAGGAGAUUUUAGGAAGGAGAGCAGAGCUGCUGGAGCAGAUGGAGGGACGCAGAGAGCAGCUGAAGAUUGAGAGGAAGCAGCAGCUGGAGAGGUCCAAGGCUGCACGUCACAGGAACACCACACUGCUGCAGGAUUUACAGGAGAUUGAGGAUCAUCUCAGAGGAAAUGGGCAGCCACAGCCACAUCUCCUGGCUCUGGAGACAAGAUACUGGGCGUCUGUGGAAGAGUCUAUACCAGCCUGGGAGCACUUCCUCCUGGGUAAAGGCCCACAUCCAACUGAUGGUCCAGCAGAGCCACCCAGGAGAGCCAGCACAGCUAAAGACCAGGGUCGGCCUCCUCGACCUAAACCCAGGACUGCUCGAUAGAUGAACAGUGAUGCUGAUGUAGCCUCAGAGAUAGCUCUGAUGGUCACUUGACCACAUGGUGACUCAAAUAUCCUGCUGACCUCUGCUGAAAAUACUACUGUACAUGCUAAUAAAACAUUGGACAGAUGAUGCAACUGUAAAACACUUUAGAUUUAAUGUAAGAUGCAUUAAAAUAAUGUUUUGUAGAAAA